CUGACCGAAGAAGUGGAGGCAAAACAAGCUGUGUUAUCUCUGCAAGCGUUGUAACCAUUUAUAUCUUGUAAGAAACUAUUCACAAAUCAACUACCAGUCUUAGAAAGAAAGAAAAGACAUAUCAACUAUCGGUCAGUCUUUCGAGUUAUAAAAACAAAAUCUGUGCAAAUGUUAUACGCUUGAAAGGCGGUGCAUGGGAAAAUAAAUGACAAGUACUAUUUAAAAGGCAUCAACCUCUGAAUAUUCCCUUCGCCAUUUUCUUCUUAAUAUAAUUGUGGGAGAUCCUUCUUCCACCGCGAGUGUUUUUGGAGUUGCUGGUGACACACUGGUUUGGGAUUUAAAGAUGGUUGCUGCGAGGUGGAACUGUUUUAGUUUUCAGUUGGUUAUUGCGAUUAGCUUUAUUUUUAUUAUAGCUGAGGUUUGCAAUGGAGGAAGAACCAGCAGUUUCGUAAGGAAUAGUGACUUGUCUCGUGAUAUGCCACUGGACAGCGAUGUGUUCCGGGUGCCUCCCGGCUACAAUGCUCCCCAACAGGUUCAUAUAACACAAGGGGACCAUCUGGGGAAUGCUGUGAUCGUCUCUUGGGUAACUCCGGAUGAACCUGGUUCAAAUUCAGUCUUUUACUGGGCUGAAAACAGUGAACUCAAAAACAGUGCACAAGGCAUUGUUCUUACUUACAAGUACUUCAAUUACACUUCUGGUUUCAUUCACCAUUGCACCAUCAGGGAUUUGGAGUUUGAUACCAAGUAUUACUACGAAGUUGGGAUCGGGAAUUCAUCGAGACGAUUCUGGUUUGUAACUCCCCCUGCAAUUGGCCCUGACGUACCAUACACUUUUGGUCUCAUAGGUGAUCUCGGGCAAACUCAUGAUUCAAACAGCACGCUCACCCACUAUGAGUUAAACCCUGCAAAAGGACAGACACUGUUGUUCUUGGGAGACCUCUCCUAUGCGGAUGCCUAUCCAUUUCAUGACAACGCAAGAUGGGAUACUUGGGGAAGGUUUAUUGAGCGAAAUGCGGCAUAUCAACCUUGGAUAUGGACUGCUGGAAAUCACGAAAUUGAUGUUGUUCCGGCAAUAAGGGAAGUUAUACCUUUCAAGCCCUACACACACCGUUAUCAUGUACCCUAUACAGCAUCAGGGAGUACAUCUCCUCUUUGGUACUCCAUCAAGAGAGCUUCAACGUAUAUCAUUGUCUUGUCUUCCUACUCAGCUUAUGGGACAUCCACACCUCAGUACAAAUGGCUUGAAAGGGAGCUUCCAAAAGUGAACAGGACAGAAACACCAUGGCUCAUUGUUCUUAUGCAUUCUCCUUUUUACAACAGUUAUGUACAUCAUUAUAUGGAAGGGGAGUCCAUGAGAGUAAGUUUUGAGCCAUGGUUUGUGGAGUACAAGGUUGAUGUUGUAUUCGCUGGACACGUCCAUGCCUAUGAGAGAUCCGAACGCAUAUCGAAUAUUGCGUAUAACAUUGUUAAUGGAUUGUGCACUCCCAUAAAGGAUCCAUCUGCUCCAGUGUACUUGACCAUUGGAGAUGGAGGAAAUCUGGAAGGAUUGGUGAAAGAGAUGACAGAGCCACAGCCGAACUACUCGGCGUAUCGUGAAGCUAGUUUCGGUCAUGGAAUACUGGAAAUUAAGAACAGGACUCAUGCUUACUUUGGCUGGCAUCGAAAUCAAGACGGUUAUGCUGUGGAAGCCGAUUCCCUAUGGUUGCACAAUAGAUAUUGGAGCGUUUCAGAUUCAGAAGAAUUAUCUGUAGCCACUGCCACCAUAUGAUUUUACCUUGUGUCGCUUUAGCUAGCAAGCUCAAUUAUAUCUGUCAAGGUGUUUUUAUUCAUUGCAAAACUUACAAGUUUUACUUCCAGUAAAUGUAAGGUAUUGGAAAUAAAUGGCUAAAACUGGAAUAACCAUUAACCAAGCAGGUGGUGGUUGCCUUGCGACAUGGAAAA